AUGGAGUUUGCAUCAAUUGAAGAGACGAGAAUUUACUACACAAGGUAUGCUAAGAAUACAGGUUUUAGUUUUCGUAUGGGUCGUGUUACUAAAUCAAGAACAAAUGGCCCUAGUAAAAUAAGAUCUGUCUUGUGUACUAAAAGUGGUGGUGUUGAUAAUGUUAGAUUUAGUCCACAAGAUGUUAUCAAUUACUUAACUGAAAAGAGACAAAAAAAGUUAGAAAAUGGAGAUACUCAAAUGAUGUUAUCAUAUUUUAAAAGUUGUCAAUUGAAGAAUCCUGGGUUUUUUUCUAUGCUUUUCAAAUGGACGUUGAAGGAAGAUCAGCAAAUUGUUUUUGGAUUGAUUCAAGGUCCAAAAUGGCAUAUAAAUACUUUGAGAGUUUUUUUGGUUGCUAAGUACUUGGUUAGAAGCAAUGAUGGAAUUUCUCCUAAAACUAUCAUCACAAAUCAAGAUGCUGCUAUUAGUAAUGCAAUUGCAAAGGUAUUUCCAAAGGUUAAUCAUCAUUAUUGCAUGUGGUAUAUUGAGAAAAAAGUUCCUGAAUACUUGACUCGUGUCUAUCAUGAACAUGGUGAAUUUAAAAAUCAAUUUUACAAGUGCAUCCACCAAUCUACCACUGUUGAAGAAUUUGAUUCUGAUUGGGAAGCAAUGAUUGAUAAAUAUGGAUUACAAGAUAAUCAAUGGCUAAACAAGAUAUUCUCCAUUCAAGAAAAAUGGAUUCCUGCUUAUGUACGUCACAAUUUUUGUGCAGGAAUGUCUACCACUCAAAGGAGUGAAAGUAUGAAUAAAUAUUUUAAGGAUUUUUUGAAUUCAAGUACUUCAUUAAGCCAAUUUGUGACACAAUAUGAAAAAGCUCUUGAUGCACGUUACAACAAGGAAAGAGAGAAGACUUUCAAAACAAGAAAUUCAAAGCCACUUUUACGAACUAUAUAUCCCAUGGAAGAAGAAACUUCAAAAAUUUAUACAAGAAAAAUGUUUAGAAUAUUUCAAGAUGAGUUGGUUGGUUCUCAAUUAUUUAUCACAGAAAAGGUUAAGUUUUCUAUUGAAGUCUUAACGUAUAAAGUUCGUGAAAUUUACAAAGAGAAGCCUAUCUACUAUGUGAAUUUUCAUGUCACUUCAAAAGAAGCAAGUUGUAGUUGUCACAUGUUUGAAUAUUCAGAAAAGGUAAAAGAAAUGACAAUUGAAGGAUUUCAAGAAGGAAGCAGCAACGCUUCUGACACUUCAUUGUUUAAUAGUAUUAUGGUUCACUCCCUCGAACUAUCAGAAAGAGGUUCACAAUCCGAAAAACAUCACGAUAUUGCAAUUCAAAAUAUGCCAAAAGUAUCUGAUGUUAACAUAGCUUUGCAUGACCCUCCACUUAUAGCAACUAAAGGACGUCCGCGGACUUUGCGAAUGAAAAUUAGUUUGGAGAUGGUCAGAAAAGGUUCCUCUACUUGUAGUAAUUGCAUGAAAAAGGGUCAUACUAAGCCUAAAUGUCCAAAUUUAAAUCAAACAAGGUGA